AUGAUUGAAAUCGUGCAGAAAACGGCCAUACCGAAAAAUGGAUUGGGAUCCUUUAUCCGUCCUUGCCAAAGGAUCGAACUCUCAUACUGCAAUUGGGGCGGAAGUUCCAAAUCAAUGAAAGAGUUUUUAACGAAAAAGUUAGCUCCUAUUGCAAAAACCUCUCAGGAUAUCGAGUUUCAUGUUUACAACAGACAAGGACAGCAUCCUUUAAUACGAGCAUUUUACAAUACUGGACGUGAAAAAACAAUCUGCACUAGAAAGAUGGACACCAAGCAGAUUAUGGACAAAAUUACAAUGUGCCGUGACAGUGAUGGUUUGAAACCACGAUUUAUCAAACAACCAGUCCAAUCUACAAAUCCAUCUGUGCGUGGUGUUUGGAGCCCUUUUUCUGAAUCAGCAAAAUCAUAUCGGGUUUAUGGGAAAAAUUGA